AUGGACGACGUCGAGGCGCUGCUCUCCGUCAAGGACUCCGUCGAUUCGUUGCUCUCCGUCGAGGAUUCUGUCGAGGCGCUGCCGGCUUCCGUCUACGUGUCGGACUCCAUCGUGGAGGUGCAGCCUGCCGUCGAGGACUCCAUCUACGUAGAGGUGUCGGCUUCCGGCGAGGCGCCGCAGGAGGUGCCGGUCUCCGUCGUCGAGGUGCCGGACUCCGUCGAGGGCAUGCAGUGUGCUCGUUGCGGCACGUUGCACGCCGGCGGCGUCUUCUCAGAAGCUUGCUUCCAUGCACGACGCAAUGCUCGCAGGUGUGCACGUUGUGGACUCAUGCACGAAGACUAUGACCUAUCAGCAUAG